AUGAGACGAGCUCUCACCACAGCGGCGACGGCACGCACACUGGCCAGCUCUUCGCGCCUGGCCCCCGCUCAGCGUGCGCGUCCCGUCAUUGCUGCUACCCGACUGCCGGCGCAGGUCCAGGUUCGGCAACAUUCGCACGCCGCGCCGGCGCCUGUCGUUGCGCCGCCCGUCUCACCGGAGAAUACAUACGACAUUGUGAUCAUUGGCGGUGGACCUGCCGGCCUUGCUCUCGCAAAUGCGCUUGUAUCGCAGCCGAGUCUACGCGACGGCGCACGCAUCCUGCUGCUUGAGGGCGGACCGCUCGACCCAGUACGCAACUGGGACGACCAGGGGCCUUGGUCGAACCGUGUGUCCUCUCUGACGGCUGAGAACAUCGCCUGGCUCGACAGUGAGUAUAGCUUACAGAAGCAUGGGGAGCUGACAGGAGGCAUCGGAGCGUGGAGGCACAUUGCGCAGGACCGUUCCCGGGAGGUCGACGACAUCAUUGUGUGGGCGAACCCCGACGCGGACUCGACGCCCAUGCUGCAUUUCCCUGGGCCGGACCUUGCGCGCAUGACCGAGAACGUCAAUCUGCAGCGCGCACUGCUCCGGCAUCUCGAUGAGGUCAAGCAGACGAAAGGGCACAAGCUUGAGAUCCGGGAGAAGACCCGUGUGGGCGACAUCGCCUACACCGCGGGGCGGGGAAGUGUCGCGCUUAACCUCGGCGGCGAGUGGGUGCAGGCAUCUUUGCUGAUUGGUGCCGAUGGCCCGAACUCCCCCGCCCGCAAGUUUGCGCAAAUCGACACCUUCGGUCACGGCUACAACGCCCACGGCGUGGUCGCGACCCUCGAAACCCAGCGCGACGUGUACGGAAACCACACGGCGUUCCAGCGUUUCCUCCCCACUGGGCCGAUUGCGUACCUCCCCCUCGGGGACGAGACAACGACGAUGGUGUGGAGCACGACCCCCGAGAUCGCCGCUGCGCUCAAGGCGCUGUCUCCUGAGGCGCUGACUGAGAUGGUCAACGCCGCCUUCUCUCUCUCCGAGAACGAGCUCAAGCUCCUCACCGAGGCAGUCCUUACAGCACACAACGAUCAGAGCGCAAUGAGCGCCGAGGGUAUCCGCUCGAUUAUGGCUCUCUUCGAGCGUCGGGUCAGCGACUCCCCGCGACCCCCGCUCGUGCGCUCCGUCGACCCCAAGUCCGUCGCCAGCUUCCCUCUUAAGCUCGCCCACGCGGACAAGUACAUCGACCACCGCGUUGCGCUCGUCGGUGACGCCGCGCACACCACGCAUCCCCUCGCCGGGCAGGGCCUGAACGCCGGCCUGGCUGACGGCCAGGCGCUGGCCAAGGUGCUUGAGGAGGCGCGUCGCGUCGGCUCUGACCUCGGCGGCGUCACCGCCCUCGCGCAGUACCCGCGCGACCGCUAUUUGACAAAUCACAUCCUGCUCGCUGCCGUCGACAAGCUGAACUCGGUCUUUGGUGCCCGUAACCCCCUCAUCAACUGGGCGCGCGCCAACGGACUCGAGGUCUUCAAUGAGCUCGGCCCGAUUAAGGACUUCUUCAUGCGCAACGCUGGCUCGGGAAUCGCAGGCAAGAGGACGCAGCAGCAGCGCGAAUUCGGGCGCGCGCGGGCCGAGGAUAAGCUUAACGCGAAGGCCGCGGGUGCGCCCGCCGCCCUUGCUGAUGCCGUUGAGGGACUCGACAUGGCGAGAAGAGUCGCCAGCUCCGCGGGUGGCGUCAUCGCCGAGGGGCUUAAGAACCUCCUCCGCCGGGGCGCCGACUCGAUCGAGCACCAACAGCGCAAGCCGUAA